AUGAGCCGAGCAAGUUUUAAGAAUCGAGAGAGAGAAGUUGGUUCUAUUAUUGAAGGUGUUGCUAAAAAAUCAUGUGAAGAUGUUGCCAUUAAAGAAAAAAAUAGUGCCAUCUUGAUGGGGGCUGAACCAGAUGAAAAUGAUCUUAUUCCAAUCAGCGUCUCUUAUGACAUGGGAUGGCAGAAGCGGGGUAAAGGCUUUAACUCAAAUACUGGUCAAGGUGCUGUUAUGGGGUUGGAUACAGGCAAGAUAAUUGAUUACACUACCAAAACUAAGACCUGCAGAAUAUGUGAACAUGCUGCAAAAAGUCAUGAACAGCCUAGACAUCAUGAUUGCUGUAAAAACCAUACAGGCUCGUCUAAAUCGAUGGAACCAUUGUCGGCUGUUGACCUGUUCCAGAAUGCCACAAACUAUAACAUUAAAUAUUCUAAGUACACUGGCGAUGAUGAUUCAACAACAGAAUGUUAUGUUCAUGAAAAGGUCCCAUAUGGCAUUGAAAAAUACAGUGAUAUAAUACAUAUCAAACGCUCUCUAACAACCAGGCUAUACAACCUGAGUAAAAGCAACAAAUUUAUCAAUAGCUCACCAUUAUCUCAAAAAGUCAUCAACUACCUGGUAAAAUGUUUCUCAAUUUGUGUCAAUCAAGGAAAAGGAGAUCCUAAAUCCAUCCAAACCUCCCUGAAGUCCAUUGUUCCUCAUGCAUUUGGCAACCAUGAUGAAUGCAAUGAUGAGUGGUGUGGAUAUAAACAGGAUCCAGUUGAAUACAGACACACCCAUCUACCACAUGGUAAAGAUCUGUAUGGAGAUUGUCUAUACAAUGCUUUAGUGGAGUUGUUCAGCGAGUAUUACAGUGAUAAAGUCGUUGAAAAGCUUGCUCCUGUGGCAAACUCCCAGCGCAAUGAGUCAUUCAACAGUGUUGUUGGUUCAAAAGCCCCAAAGAUUCGCUUCUACGGUGGAAGCAAAAGCAACGAUUAUAGAGUAGCCUGUGCGGUGGGCCAAACCAACAUCGGCCACACUUAUAUCAAUCGAACUCUGGAGGCAAUGGGUGUUGAGCCAGGAAGUAUUUGCACUGACCACAACCUAAAAUUGGAUAAAAAGAAAAGUAAUGAUAAUGUUAGAAAGAAAACAAUCGAAUUCAAAAAGCAGAGAAAUCAGCUGCAUUCAAGGAGGCUAUCUCAUAACAGUAGAAAAGAGCAACAAGAGGGAAAAACAUAUGAAAGUAAUGUGGGCCUCACAUUGGACAAAAUGUCAACAAUAACAUCAACAAGAGAAGCACCUGAAGUAUUCAACAUUUCUUGUGUAUCAGACAAACCUUUCAAAACAUAUGAGAAUACAGUCUCUGAGUUUACACCCAGACCAACAUGUUCCGAUAUUGUUUACCAUGAUAACCUAUUCUACAACAUAAUCAUGUUUGAUACAGAAACAAACGCGACCGGAAGAGCAGCCGAACUAUGUCAAUUGUCAGCAGUUGAUAAGUAUGAUCAUUGCACAUUUUCAGAAUAUAUUUUGCCAAAUACUGCGAUAGACAAAUACUCUUCAAGAGUCAACAAGCUGACGAUUAGAACUGUCAAUGGUCAACGUACGCUUUUCAAAGAAGCAGAACAGCUAACAACACUCACCUCAUCAGAAGCUAUCUCCCGUUUUAGUUUAUUCCUGGAAUCAUCAGUUGAAUAUUGUAAAACUUUAACGGAUAAAGAUGUUUGUACCAUUCUUCUCGGCCAUAACGCGAAACGAUUUGAUAUACCGGUCAUACUUCGCAACAGUACGAGUUCAUUCCAUGACAAAUUACAGUCAUCGGGAGUUUUAUUUGGUGAAAGUCUUUCCAUCUUUGAGCAAUUAGCACGAAACAAACAUCCUUCCCUGCAGCAAGCCAAUGGUCAACCCUGCGCACUAAACCAGACUGCACUGUACAGAUGCUUGUUUCAAGAAUCCUUCGAAGCACACGAUGCCCUUAAAGAUGUCAAGGCCCUUCGAAAAAUGCUAUUUCACUCCAAAUUGCAGCUCUCGGAACAGUUUAUUGUCGACCAUUGUAAGCCGAUUUCUUGUGAUUUUGCUCUAGAAGAUUUACAUUACUUAGACCGACGACACAAGAUCUUGAAGUCCAUGGAAAACAAGCUUUAUAAUCCAUCAGGCAGUGGCGUAAUAACAAAGAGCAUGGCGGAGAAGAUCGCUGGCAGUGGUUUAAGCUACGAGGAUCUUUUACAGCUAUUCAAAAACUUUGGUAAACCAGGACUGAUUUCCAUCCUUUCGAAACCUCCAACGGAAAACGACCCAGAAUGA